AUGAAAACCACCUUGAACCAGCUUUUAUUGAUUUUGUGGUUAAAUGCAUUUGGUGUGAGAAGUGAAGUCAACUCAGGUUUCGGCAACUGCAUGCAAUACUUUUACAAAAGUACCCCGCCAAGGCUUACUCGCAAUUUCUUUAAUCCGCCCAGAAGCAUCUGCCAACGGUAUAACGGUGUCUACUACUAUGCCACACUGUACAGCACCAGCUUAAGGAUUCCUGUGUAUUCAGCUUACACCCUGCCUGGUCCUUGCUCGGGUUCUCCCCAGCCACAGAGAAGGUCCAGAUGGUUUGUUGAGCCUCAGCUCCUGGUAGCCGAGGACACCAGAUCUAAGACAAAUAUGGAGACUGAAACUGAACGCUACAAGACAGAACAAGCGAUAAACGCAGACUACAGUAACACAGGUUAUGACAGGGGUCACCUCAAUCCAAACUUUUACCAAUGUGGAGAAGGAAGAACAGCAACUUUUACCUUGACAAACGCCGUUCCUCAAGAUCCCUGCUUUAACCGGCAGUCGUGGAAGGAAAUGGAAGAAGUCGCUUUGAAGACCAUGAGGAAAAAUUGCUCUUUUCCCGGCGCCAGACGUUAUUUUGUGACGGGAAUUGUUCAGCAGAGAAUACGAAUUCCAAACACAGAACAUGACAGGGAAGAAGACGUGACUCACAAAGAUUUUAAUCGAGUCACCGUCCCUAGUUACCUCUGGACAGCGGUUUGCUGUGAUGCUUCAAGUACAACCAGUCCCCAGAAUGGGUUCUCAUUUGCUUACAUCGGCAAAAAUACUGCUGACUCUUUCGUGGACAUUCUGAAAGUGAGUGAAUUGCAGGCGAGACUUACUGGCCUUGAACUCAACGAAGAUCGCUACGAAGCGGCCGAAAUUUUUGUUGAUGAUUGCAAUGAAAAUACGGCAAAAUCAGAAACUGCACGAAAUGAAGUUGCAGCUCCUGUGAAAUUACGAUUGGCAAAUGCAGCGAAUGUAAUAGGAAGGAUGGAGCAGUCAACUAUUCCUCCCAAGAAACGCAAAGUCUUUCAUGAGGUAUUGGAUUUGAUUCAAAGCGGUAUAUCUGCAAAUGGUUAUUCCCUUACUUCUGACAAGGAGAAUAUGUUUAACAAUCAAACGCUUCCCUAG